GAGAUUUGGACGUUGUUUCAAAGUCUGCGCCAAUAUACGUUUUUCUGACGUUGUUCAACUUGUUGAUAUAUUUUUGGGUUAUGUAGUAAGAUCUAAGAAGAUCCCGACUGUGUCAACGAGGGAUAGAUAUUCAUUGGUCAUUCAAUAUCGUCAGAAUUUGGAUGUGAUAAGCAGCAGUUUCAGAAUGGCAUUAAAUAAGUUCAUGCACCCAAGGAACCUUUACAAAAAUAAGAAGCCAAACUUUCAAAAUUUAGCUCUUAAAUAUCCUGACUUCAGGAAAUUUGUGUUUCCUGAUGUUACAGGAAAACUGUUUCUGGAUUUCAAGCAUCCUGAUUCACUGAGGCAGCUUUCGAUAACUUUGCUGAAAGAAGAUUUUGACUUAAAAUUGGAACUUCCUUUAGAUAGGCUUGUCCCUACAGUACCACUCCGUCUGAAUUACAUACACUGGCUGGAGGAUGUCCUUACUGCCUCAAGGGCUGGGAAAUGUAUAAAGGGUAUAGACAUAGGUACAGGCUCCAGCUGUAUAUACCCUCUACUGUCCUGUAGAAUUAACAAGGACUGGACAUUCCUGGCUUCUGAGGUGGAUGAGAAGAAUUUUAUAUACACACAAAGAAACAUAGAAAACAAUGGUAUGAAGGAGAGAAUAAAAGUGAAGAGAGCUAGUGCUGUUGAUGAGACUGUUCUGUGCAGUGUACUGGAGGAUGAAUCGGACAUGUUUGACUUCUGUAUGUGUAAUCCACCCUUCUUUGCUGAUCAUUUGGAGGCCCAAGCUGUUGCUAAAUCUCGUAACUACAGUCGGACUGACCCCAAGUCUGCAUGUACAGCCAGCUUCACAGAGAGUAUUGUAGAAGGGGGUGAGGUCAACUUCCUCAAGAGGAUGAUAAAAGAUUCCAUGGAACUUAGGAACAAAAUAAGAAUCUACUCCAGCAUGAUUGGUAAGAAGAGCUCCUUACCCCCACUGAAAGAAGAACUACGAAGACUCCAGGUCCCCAAGUUCACCACAACAGAGUUCUGUCAGGGAAAGACAAUGAGGUGGGGACUUGCAUGGACAUUUGACCAAACUGUCAGUUUCCCAAAGUCCCUUUUCCAAGAAUCUAAGAAAGAGCGUCCACCACUAGUGUACCAAGUGCCACGUUCUACAACUGACCUAGACUACGAUGUCACACACAUCAGUGCCAGGAUACGGGCAAUGCUGGCAGAUCUCAAGAUCCAGUAUGACAUCACACUGAACCAAAAGUCCCUGGUUAGGAUGACAUUGGUCGCUAAGGAAAACACAUGGUCCAAUCAGAGACGAAAACGGCGACAGAAAAAACAGCAAAAGGCAAAGGAGGAGAUGGAACCUUCCACAGGCGUUGAAAACCUUAAUGAGAUAACAAAAGGUGAACCGUGUGAUGCAAAAUCACAAUGUGAGGAUCAUCUUUCUGCCUCAAAUGAUACAAAAAUUGAUCAACAAAAUAUCGCUAAUAACUUGAGUGGGAACUCUUGUUCCAAGGAUAAUGAGGAGAAACAUCUAACAUUUCAGGAGAAAACAAGUCUAGAUGAACAGGAAAUGGUAUGUGUGGAAGACAGUAACAAAGAAAGUGUCAGCCUGAGUUCAAUUUCAGUGCAGGCACAAAGUGAGGAGAUUAUGAUAGACAAAAACAAUAUAUAUAGCAGUCCCAGCUCAUCAGUUACUGAGAAAGGCAAGAAAAGAAAAUUACCAGGAUCAGAUGAAAAACCUGAAGUUAUAGAUAGAACAUUAGAACCAUCAGCAAAACGUCAAAUGUUAAAUUCAGAGACUGAAAGUAAUGUGGUCAUUAAUCCAGAAUCAAAACUGAAAAUUGAGCCGUCUCUAUCAUCUACAAAAGAGGCUGAAUCUAUAUGCCUUGAUAAAAAGACUUCAGAGGAAAUGGUGAACGGUUACUGUGAACAUUUCGGGGAGUCGGUAGAGGAGAAAGUUUUCCUGAAAUGUUUUUUGAAGGUGAAGUUGUCAACACCACAUGUUGUGGUGGAGAUGAUGUGGGUGGAGGGAGAAAACAGGGAAUCGAUGCAUCAGGUCUUACAAUAUAUCAAAAACAGAACGUCAGUCACUAUAUAACGGUUGUAACCCAUGGCCAUGAGUACCCAAGUGUUGGUGGUAACUGGCACAUGUAUGUGUUAUGCACCUUUUGAAUGUGCCAUGACAAAAUUUAAGGCUUUGUGUACCUGUUGUCUUUUUGAUUGAUAUUAUUUAAGUGGUGGUGUAUAUUAUCUCUUUGUUACAGAUUUUUUAAAAAGUAACGUUGGAGCACACUAAAUGCUCAUAUACCCCGGUAUUUACAUGUACAUGUAUAUAUCUUUGUUAAAAAAGUCCUCUUGGAGCACAAUCAGAGCUCAUACUCAUAUAUCUGUUAUAUACAUGAACAUUUUGUAUUCCCAUGUAUCCUUUGUUAAAUAAAAGCUCAUAAUAUUGUCAUACAUGUCAAAA